CUCCGACUGGAUGGGGAAGGGCUGACGGCCUGGUUCCAUGGUUGAGGAUACUGUCGUUUCCAAUGGCACGACAGACCGACGGUUAGCUGACAAUCCUUUAUAAAACAGCUGAUCCUUUUUACUCAACUCCCUCUAGUCUAAUUAUAGAGGAUCCACAAUAUAUCUAUCGAUUACUUAAGUCUCACAUCGAAUAUGCCUGAUUGGAAGACGGAGUCAACGUCGGAGGAGGACGUCAAAAAUACAAAUAAUGACGGCUUAGCGUUUCAAGUAUUGCUGGUAGUGUGUUUAACCGUAUACGUCGUGACUGCCAUAUGGUUGCUACUAAGAUCCUAUUGUCUCGCAUACUCGAGUCUAGCCUUCGGAACCACUGAUCCCGCAAUAGCACAUGUACCUCCCCAGGACAACAUGGAAAGACGAUUAGACUGUCUGGAAAGAGUUGCCCCAACCAAGCCCUUCAAAAUCUGGUGGUUGUCUGUUCAAACGAUACGAUCUCCGCUAAAGCAAUCGGAUCAUGUAUUCACAUGUUCUAUUUGUCUUGAUAAGGUCCGCAAGAAGGACCCGAUCCACACUCUUCAAUGCCACCACGUGUUUCACCGAGAGUGCCUAGAGAAUUGGUUCUUGGGGUUUCAUAACCAGUGUCCAAUGUGUAAAAAGCCUUUCUUCGAAGAGCUUGAUAUGAGCCCGGAAUGUGCAGUGUAGGUCAGCUCGAAAGUUCAGGAUUGAUUCAAACAUGAGUGUUCGGCAUAGCAAAGCAUGAUACGUUCUUGAUCAAGAUUCAUUUGGCGUUGUUUCAUCCAAUAGGAAGCACCUACCAUGGACUUCUUUCUUGAUGGUUUCUAAAAGUGGAGUUGAGUAGUGAUUCGUGCGUUUUUACGGCCAGCAAACAUCGAUUAAAGACCCCCCCCCCCCCAAUCAAAGUAAAUUCGUCAAAGGCAAGUCUGAAAGUUCCCCGGAUCUAGAAUUGUGGGGGUGGCAAAGGACUGACUAGAAUUCCUGUAAGACGUAACGUCGCGAUGACGGUGGUGUAGUCAUGGUUACUCACGGAAGAUGCGGAUCGAUGGAUCGCGGUUAUUAAUCCAUGACAACGUGGCUCUAGAACAGGCUG